GCGGGGCCGGCUUGGCCUGGGCCGCUGUGGCUUCAGCCUGCUUCUCUGCCGAAGCGAGGCGUGCCCACCGUUCGGGGCUGAGGCACGCGCACGUGGCAGCUUGCUGAAGGGGCCUGGGCAGUCGUGACUCCUCGCCCCGCCGAAGACUCCCCGGGGCAACGACUGGAGCAGGGACAGGAUCCCACUGAAGUACCCUUGAAGACACUCAGAUCUUGGCCCUUCCCACCGACACCCGCACGCAGGCAGCCUCCAUGCUGCCUCCAGAGCCCCAGCUGCGGCUACCCCAUCGCCCCCUCCCCUCCCCAAAUCACGGUCAGGGCUGAGGGCCCAGCAGGAGCCAGGGCCGCGGGGCCCCUGUGACACGUUGGGGGCCCUGGGGGUGGCAGGAACCCAGGGCUUGUGUCCCCUCAUCUGAAAAUGAGAACGAUGAUGGCCACAGCCACCUCGGGGGAACCCCGCCUGACGUGGGUGAGGUGCCCUGGGACCCCAAACCCGGGAUCCACCCUCCAGAGGGUGGGAGCCCACGCCCACAGCCCCCAUUGUGGACUUGGUCCUCCCGCCACUGGCCUGAGCUCUGGGUCCGCACCCCUGAGCGCAGGCUUCCGGGUGAGAAAGGAGGGCCUGGGCCCUGAGCGCCGCCCCUGCGGGGGGCCACACGGGGGCCAGGCAAGCGGUGCCUCAUUUCCCCGCCUGAGGAGUGGCUUGCUCGUGUCCUGGGCAUUCGCUGCCCCAGAGCUGAGGCAGCAGAGCCAGCGAGACGGGGUGCCGGCCACAUCGGUGCCACCCACAGUUGGGUCGCUGGAGUCCCCUAAGUGCCCUGAAAGCCCUCCCGGGUGGGGACCCUGGUCGGCUCUCGUGGGCGUUCCCUGCACCCAGCCUAUGAUCUGGGAAGAGCGGACAGAAGGCACGUAGGUUUGUGGGACUCAUGGCUGCCCACUGCUUCCUGCUCUGGUCCUUGUAGAAAGGAGAGGAGAAGGGCGCAGGCCCCUGCGUCUCUCGAUUAGAUAAGGGGCCCCAUCCAUCUUGCUCCCUUCCCCCACCGGGGAGGAGGGAAGUGCUCACACCCCCGCCGGCCCCACUCAGCCCCCGAUCCAGACCCUGCCCUGCUCUCCGCAUCCAGCAGCCAGCAGGCCUUGCGCAAUCGUGGCACAAGGUGCCCAUCCGUCUCUUCUGGAGGCCUCCAGCCCUGACCCCCGCUGCGGGUUUCCUGGCCUGGUCCAGGGACAACUUCUCCCAUGACGCGAUCAGGCCGCAGGCCCAGGCCUCCAGCGAGAUAAAAGAAUUGCGCUGACGGGGGGCGGAGGGAGCAGCACGAUGGCAUUCGGGGCAAAGGCACGAGUGUGGCUGGCAGGGCCCUGGCCGUCCCCGGGCAGGGCACGCGCACCGGGCGCCGGAGCCGCUCCGGCCCCCAAGGCGGUGCUGCCCUUCGAAGCCAUACCGCGCUGUCCCGGCAACAAGUGGAUGAGGUUGCUGCAGAUCUGGAAGGAGCAGCGCCUGGAGAACCUUCACCUGGAGGUGCACCAGCUCUUCCAGGAGCUGGGGCCCAUUUUAAGGUAUGACGUGGGAGGGACACGCAUGGUGCUCCUGAUGCUGCCCGAGGAUGUGCAGAGGAUACAGCAAGUGGACGGCCAUCAACCGUGGCGGCCGCUCCUGGACCCCUGGCUGGCCUACCGACAGCAUCGAGGGCACAAAUGUGGCGUGUUCUUGCUAAACGGGCCCGAAUGGCGCAUGAACCGACUGAAGCUGAACCCAGACUUGCUGUCGCCUCAGGCCGUCCAGAAGUACCUGCCCAUGGUGGACUGCGUGGCCAGGGAUUUCUCGAAGGCCCUGAAGUCGAGAGUGCUGCAGAAUGCCCGGGGGAGUCUGACCGUGGACAUCCAGCCCAGCAUCCUCUACUACACCAUAGAAGCCAGCAAUCUAGCCCUUUUUGGAGAGCGGCUGGGCCUCCUUGGCCACAGCCCAAGUCCUGCCAGCCUGAACUUUCUCCGGGCUUUGAAGGUCAUGUUAAAGUCUACUGCGCAGCUCAUGUUCAUGCCCAGGGUCCUAUCACGCUGGACAAGCACCCAGCUGUGGAAGGAGCACUUUGAGUCCUGGGACUACAUCUUCCAGUAUGCCAACAAUGCCAUCCAGAAAAUCUACCAGGAGGUGGCCCUCAGCCGCCCGGAGCACUACAGCGGCAUCGUGGGGGAGCUGCUGACGCACGCGGACCUGAGCCUCGAGGCCAUCCGGGCCAACUCCAUCGAGCUCACCACCGGGAGCGUGGACACGACGGCCUACCCCCUGUUGAUGACUCUCUUUGAGCUGGCUCGGAACCCUGAUGUGCAGCAGGCCCUACGCCAGGAGAGCCUGGGGGCCGAGGCCAGGAUCUCGCAGGAUCCCCAGAGCGCAACCUCGGAGCUGCCCCUGCUGCGGGCGGCCCUCAAGGAGACCUUGAGGCUGUACCCCGUGGGGAUGUCUGUGGACCGAAAGGUGGCCUCGGACGUGGUGCUGCAGAACUACCACAUCCCGGCAGGGACAGUGGUCAAGGUGCAACUCUACUCCCUGGGUCGAAACCCCUCUGUGUUUGAGAGGCCCGAGUGCUACCUUCCCCAGCGCUGGCUGGACAACAGGGGCUCUGGCACCAGAUACCCACACCUGGCCUUCGGCUUUGGUCUGCGCCAGUGCCUGGGGCGGCGCCUGGCAGAGACAGAGAUGCUGCUGUUGCUGCACCAGGUGCUGAAAAGCUUCCUGGUGGAGACGCUCAGGCAGGAGGAUGUAAAGAUGACCUACCAGUUCGUGUUCAUGCCCUCCACCUACCCCCUCCUCACCUUCCGGGCCAUCAACUAGUCACGUCACCGCGCCGUCGGGCCAGCGGUGCCGCCAGCCCCCUUCUGCCUGCCCCCGGCCACCCUUGUUUUCUCCCACGGACCCUGCUUCUGGAGCCACAGCGCUGUCCAGCCGGCGCCUCGCACCGAGGGGCAGGGGGAUGAAUCUGGCCGCAGGUCCUGCCUGUGAGCCCAGUGCCACCUGCGCCUUCUCCAGCGAGGAGCACCAUCGGAGGGCCUUGGCCCACGUAGCCCCCAACACUAGCUCCAGGGGCUUCAGAUCCGCCCCCACCCCCACCUGCCUGUCCAAUCUCAUAUCCCCUCUGUACUCAACCCGCCCACACGCACAACAGACAGGUUGGCGCCCCUGUCCUGCUCACCGCCACUCCAAAGGCCAGACUCUUUGUCUGCAUUGGUCUUGCCAGCCUAGACCUUGAAGCUGGGCCGUGAGUCGUCCCCCUACCUGCUCUGCUCAGUCCACUUGGGCUCCUCCCGGCCCUGCCAGUGCUCUGGGACUGUGACUGAAGCACCCAGCUGAGGGCCUGGGUAAGCAGGUCAGGAGUAUUGUUUCUUACAAUAGCCACCGAGGAGCUGAGGUGGACAUCUGGGCCCAUGAGACUCCUCUGAGAGCAGGGAGGAUGGUGAUCUCCUCUGGCGGGCUGCAGGGUGACCACAGAGAGGCCACCUCAGUCAGGCACAGCCACUCGCUCCCUUUAACGAAGCCGUCUGUGUGCCGUGCCCGGCUGGCCUCCCACGGUGGCCCUCAGGACAGGGGCCACCCCUGACCUCAUGGGAGGAAGGGGUUUUGGACAGCUGUGAGGCGGCUGGGAUCUCCUAGAUGGCAGGAGCGAGCAGCCCGUCCCACGCUGCCUGCGGCCAGGUGACACCCCCGGCGUGGAAAGGGGCCGGGAGGCAAGGGUGAGUGGUGGGGUGGCUCUGCUCCCCCUCCUUCCCCACCCCCACCUCACUGGGGGAGAACUGGGCACUCAGCUCACAGCAAAGCAAUGACGGAGGGGCCGCACAUGUGCCUGGGCCAGCCCCGGGCGCCCGCCGAGUGGCCCGCUGGCGUGUGUUCCCUGUGCGGACUCCCUGGAGGAGGAAAGAGCGUGCGCCCUCCUUGCUGGGCCCAGUGCAGGAGGGCUGCUGCCGGGAGGAGGUCUUCUCCGUGCCCCAGCCAGGCGCAGCUGAAGGGCACAUGGAGGCAGGAAGAGAGGGCCCUGGGGACCCUGGGGACACAGGGGCACAAGCUGGAGCCCGGGCUUGCCACGCCGGCCCAGCCCUUCUCCCGCCGAGCUGUGAGGUCUUCCCGUGGGCACUCUCUGCAGCCAUUCCCCUUUCGCAGGCCCCAGGGAGGCAAGUGGGCCUUGGGAAAGGCAGCUGCUUCAAUAGGCGCUCAGCAGGGGGAUUGUGGCUCCUGCCACUGCCAAGUCUCCUUCCCUGAGGCCCUGCCCUGUGGGGACACCUGCUGGCUGCUGGUGGGCAGGCCCGGAAUCCAAACUGCUCCCCCGGAGGCAGUGUGUGUGAGUCCCCCUGUGCAGCGGGGCACAGGCUCUCCUGAUCUUCAUGGCAGCCCUGGCAGGUGAGCACCGGGACUGUCCCCGUGUCGCCCGCGGCAAAGCCGAGGCCCAGAGAAUUUGUGCAGCCGCACGGCCUCGCAGCUCAUCCCUGGCAGAGAUGCCAGCGGAACCCCCGCCGCCGGGCCCUCCUCUCGAGGCCUUGGUGCCUCCUCCGCCUCGAAGGACCUUGGAUCGAGAGCGGCGUCACACAUCUUGCAAACAUCCUGCAGUGAAAGCGUCUCCGGGUCGUCUCCUGCUUCUCUGUGCUCCUCCAGCCGUGCUGUAUGAGUGCUUCCUGGGGGUCCCUUUUCGUGUAACCUGCGUGCCAUCUCCUGAGGCUUGGCUGGGGGUGUCCGUUGGGCUCUUUCUAAAAAUCCUUCCUCUUACCUGGAGACACCGUGCUUAAGAAUCAUCAUCUUAUGCCUUGUCAUUCUUUCCAUACACAAAUAGCCUUGCCUUUAAAAUCCGUGACCUCCGAGCGCGGCUGGGUGGCUCAGUCGGUUGUCCAUCCGACUUCAGCCCAGGUCAUGAUCUCAUGGUUUGUGGGUUCGAGCCCCACACGGGGCUUUGCACUGACAGGGUGCAGCCUGCUUUGGA